GAAUGAACAUUGGAAGCGCGUUUGCUUCCAAUUACGUGAGAAUGUAAACAUCAAACCAGUACGCGGUGAAAACUUUGGUUGGCCGGAAAACGUUCGGGAAAGCCAUGGAAAACGAAGCUGGACAAGUGAAUCAAGUUCGCGUGGACAUUGAGUACUGCAACGUGUGCAACUCGAAACCCCAGUGCCUGGAGCUGAGCCAACUGAUACAAACACGCAUCCCAGAUGCCCAGGUAGCUUGCAAAAUAGGCCGCCGUGGAUCCUUCGAAGUUCAAAUCAACGAUACCCUGGUGCAUUCUAAAAUCAACUCCCUAGCUUUCCCGGACUACGAAGCAGUCGUGAGCAACGUGAUAGCCGCCCGCGAUGGUCGUCCGGUAACCAAGGUAAAGGAACAACCCAUAACGGAGUGCGUUGUGCAGUAGAGGAGAUUUCGGACCGAAUCAAAGGUAGGCACAACCCCACACUUCAGAAUAAAAACCAAUGCUAUUCACUU